AUGAGCCACACUCCAAUCAGCAGUGACGAGGAAGUAUACCUGUCCGACCCGCCAUCGGAUCUCGACACUGACGCCAAGACCGAGGAUGACUACGAGUAUCACCCGGCCAACCAGGACUCUUUUGUGAACUCGCCCGCCGUCAGCGUCAAGGUAACUCCUCGCGGAGGCUUCGGCGAGGGUGUUAGCGUCCUCAUCGAGGGUGGCGGUGUCACAGCCCCGAGCACCAACGGGCACUCUCCUCGGAGCGUGCACAGCGCCCCGCCGCACGAUCACGAGCGGGAGUCUGGGGCUUCUUCGUCCUGCCCCAUCGACGUGGCGGCCAUCUUGGAGCGCGCGACUCGCUCGGAGUCUGGAGUAGAGGGCAGCGCGGGCGACAAGCACUUGCCUCAGGGCGCCGCGAGUUCACCGGUCCCCGCCGCCGGCCCCCCGGUCGGCCUUGGCGUUCGCCCCGGCGCCGCCAGCAACGGCAACGGGCCGAGCCUGCCCCCCCGCCCCAGCGGCACGGGCACCGAGGCCGGCUCCGCGCCGCGCCCCGACCAGCCCGGCUCCGCCUUCGCUGCUGAGAUGGCGGCCCAGGAGGCCGAGGCGGCGGGCGAGCCGCUGGACUUUGGUGCCGUGGUCCUGGUCAUCGGCCUGCGUGGCACGGGCAAGAGCGCCACCAUCGACAGCCUGCUGGGGCGGCGCGUGAGCCUGGAGCGCGGGGAGGUGGCGGGCCUGCGCCUGACCUUCAUUGACACGCCCGGGCUGGAGGCCAGCGCGGGCGCGGCGUCGCGCAACGCCGCCACCCUGCGCGCCAUUCGUCGCGCAUUCGACGCGCACAAGCCGCACGCCGUGCUCUACGUCGACAGGCUGGACGCCUCGCGCCGCGACGCCUCGGAGCUGCAUGCCCUGCACGCCGUGUCCGACACGCUGGGCGCCGACGCCUGGUUCUCCACGCUGCUCUGCGUGACCCACGCCCUGGCCCCGCCGCCCGACGGCGCCUCGGGCCAGCCCCUGGGCCAGGACGCCUACCUGCAGAACCGCCAGCAGCAGCUGGUUCAGGUCAUGCGCGCCGUGGCGGGGGACAGCAGGAUGAUGAACCCCGUGGCGCUGGUGGAGAACUCGCCCGCCUGCGCGCGUGGCGCGGGCGGCGAGCCCGUGCUGCCCAACGGCGUGGCCUGGCGCCGCCACCUGCUCAUGCUCUGCGCCACCACGCGCGUGCUGAACGAGGCCAGCACCCUGCUCAAGCCCGGGCGGGGGGCCAAAUCCCCCCCGGGCGGCGCACGGGCCCCUCCCGGCUUUGGCGGCGGCUCCAUGAAGGUCCCGCCCAUGGCCUGGCUGCUGGCCAAGCUGGUGGAGUUCCGCGCGCCGCGCAAGUUCCCCGAGGACGAGCGCGAGCUGAUGCGCGACGACGAGAUCGCGGGGCUGCCACCCGCGCAGCGCGAGUUCCAGCUGCGCCGGCGCCGCGUCUACCUGCGCCAGCGCGCCGACGAGGCGCGGGGCGAGGAGAACGCGGUGCCCAUCCUGGCCCCCGAGCCCGCACUGGGGCCCUCCUUCGACCCCGAGGUGAACAACCACCGCUACCGCGUGCUGGAGAGCCCCAAGGCCCUGCUCACGCGCCCCGUCAUCGGCGAGGGCGGCGUGGACCACGAGGACGGCAUCGACUCGGUGCAGGUGGAGAAGUCGGCCAUCCUGCGCAAGCGCACCCAGUUCCUGGGGGGGGUGCCCACCCUGUCCUGGGUCCAGGUGCAGAAGGACAAGAACAGCCUGACCUUCCAAGGCGAGUCGGACGCCGCGCUGUACCACUCCACCUACUGGGUCAGCUACGCCUCGGUCAACGCGCAGUCGCUCCAGCGCGACGUGCUCUACACCGGCCGGUUGGAGAGCCGGGUGCGCAGCAAGGGCAAGCGCCAGAAGUUCACCGUCGGCCUGCUGGCCAGCAAGCUGGGCGAGGACUUCACCCUGCCGCCCAUCAAGGGAGGCAACGGGGCGUACGGGCUGAAGCUGGACGAGCGGCUGCGCAUCACUGACAGCAUCAAGCUGCGUGCCGCCGUGGGCAGGCUGCUCACCAAGAUGGGCACCCACUACGAGCCCGGCACGGCGGUGGCGGCCGACCUGAAGCUGCGCAACCCGGCCGACGACAGCGCACGGCUGCUCCUGGGCGGCUCCGCCCAGUGGCAGGGCCGCGACAAGCGCGCCGCCAAGCAGUCUCUGGUCAUGGGCGGGAACAUCGCGGGCGAGGUGCGGCUGCCCAAGAUGGACGGGACGGGGAUGAAGUCCGACACCCAGGUCUCCGCCAAUGCGCAGUACACCACCCGGGGCCAAGGUACCCUGGCUCUGCGCAUCAACUCGCACGACGUGCCCCAGCUGGCGGCGAUCAUGCUCGUCCCCGUCCUGCGGGCCGCCUGGGACAAGUGCUUUGCGCGGGAGGUGGAGGCCUUCUGA